GCAUUCCUUUUAUUUUGACAUUUUCCUUUAUUUUAAUUAAAUUGCGAGAAAAAUCAACGGGAAUCAAAGUCGGGAGGUUAAAAUCAAACAAGGAUUGCAUGGAACCCAGUCUCUUCUUUGUGCUGUUCUGGCGUGUGGCCAUGGAUGUCCUGUAUCCUUUUAGCUACAUGGACAGGUUCCUGGAGGACGCUCUGGCUAACGAGAGCCUAGUGUGGACGCCGAGCACUCGCAUCCCGCGGCUCCUGCUGACGGCGACGCGGAGUGCCUUUCGAACCAUUCUCAUGAUGGUCAUGUUGAUGGAGUUAUUCCAGGGCCUGGACGAGGCCUUGGCUAUGCAGGCUGCGGCCAAUAGAAGAAGACAACUCUAGAGGGAAUUUGCAGCCUGCUCCAAGGGAUUUGUUCUUAACUUAACCGCAACUCAAAGAAUUUUGUCUUGGGGUAGGACCUCCAUUGUGUCAUUAUUCACCGAGUCAAGUGUCGUCGCCGUCGCUGUCAUCGUUCGUCGUUGUCGUCGCUG